AUGCAACUCCUUCGUUCCCUCGUCGCUCGCGAGGGGGAGUCGACCCCAGUCUGUGACACCGGCAACGAGUAUGACGGACGAAUGGGUCUGCGGAUUUCCUCCAUCUUCGUGAUCAUGGUCGGCUCCAUGUUCGGUGCCAUCUUCCCCGUGCUAGCCAGCCGCUUCCAGAAGUCCCGCGUACCAGGAUGGGCGUUCUUCAUUGCCAAAUACUUUGGCUCCGGUGUCAUCAUUGCCACGGCGUUCAUUCAUCUUCUAGCCCCGGCAGAGGAGGCUCUGACCAAUGAGUGUCUCACGGGUCCCAUCACCGAGUACUCCUGGGUCGAGGGCAUCAUCCUGAUGACCGUGGUUGUGCUCUUCUUCGUCGAGCUGAUGGUCAUGCGCUACGCACGCUUCGGUCAGGGCCACCACGGCCACGACCACGGAGACGAUUCGGCCUCGGACGCGACCCACGACCACAACGGCGUGGGCCACCUCGACAAGCACCCCGAAAUUGACGCCUCUCAGACCCAGCCCCAGAGCCACAUCCCUGGCGAGGACCAUCUGGGUCAUUCGCGCGAGCACCAAGACCCCGAGAUGGCGAGAAAGAACUCCGCGCUGGAGGAGUACAUGGCGCAGCUGACGUCGAUCUUCAUCCUCGAAUUUGGCAUCAUCUUCCAUUCCGUCUUCAUCGGUCUGACCCUGGCGGUCUCCGGUGAGGAAUUUGUCACGCUGUACAUCGUGCUCGUCUUCCACCAGACCUUCGAGGGUCUGGGUCUGGGCUCCCGUCUGGCCGCCAUCCCAUGGCCACGGUCCAAGCGAUUGACCCCGUACUUCCUGGGCAUCGCGUACGGGCUGUCCACCCCGAUCGCGAUCGCCAUUGGGCUCGGAGUGCGCAACUCGUACCCCCCAGAGGGGUACACGACGCUCAUCGUCAACGGCGUGUUCGACUCGAUCUCGGCGGGCAUUCUCAUCUACACGGCGCUGGUGGAGCUGAUGGCCCAUGAGUUUAUGUUCAGCACGUCGAUGCGCAAGGCGCCGAUCUCGACCGUGCUGGCUGCGUUUGGUCUUUUGUGUUUGGGUGCAUUGUUGAUGGCGCUACUCGGAAAAUGGGCGUAA